UACCGCCUUACAAAAGCGUAGCGAGUCCUACAGCAAAUUGAUUUCCGACACGACGUCGUCGAAAUGAAUAAAAUUGCAAGUAGUCUUUCCACCGGCAUCGAUUGGCUGUAGCCCCCGGCACAAAUCGGUACUUCUAAGUUAAAGCCCUAGCUUCAACCGUCUUCACCGCUUCGAUUGAAUUCGGGUUUACUCUCUUAAUAUCGCAAUAUCUUCUGAGUCUCGCCAUUGGAGUUUUGGCCGCAAUAGCUCUCAAUCAUGGCUACUCUUGCGGAUUCAUUCUUGGCAGAUCUUGAAGAGUUGUCAGAUAAUGAAGCAGAUGUUAAUGAUGAAGAAAAUUUGGAUGCUGGGCUAAUGGAAGAAGAUGUUGAUGGGGAUCUGGCGGACAUUGAAGCUCUGAAUUACGAUGAUUUGGAUAGUGUCUCCAAACUGCAAAAGUCACAGCGAUUCAAGGAUAUCAUGCAGAAAAUCGAGGAUGCACUCACAAAAGGGACUGAAAAUUCCAGUCAAAGCAUCAUUUUGGAGGAUGAUCCAGAAUAUCAAUUAAUUGUAGAUUGCAACGCAUUAUCUGUCGAUAUUGAGAAUGAAGUAGUUAUAAUCCACAACUUCAUCCGCGAUAAGUAUCGCCUAAAGUUUCCAGAAUUGGAGUCUUUGGUUCACCACCCAAUUGAUUAUGCUCGUGUAGUUAAGAAGAUUGGAAAUGAGAUGGAUCUCACCCUAGUUGAUCUUGAAGGACUUCUUCCAUCAGCCAUAAUUAUGGUUGUUUCAGUUACAGCAUCAACUACUAGUGGGAAGCCACUUCCUGACGAUGUGUUGCAGAAGACUAUUGAUGCAUGUGAUAGAGCUCUUGCUCUGGAUGAAGCCAAGAAGAAGGUUCUCGAUUUCGUUGAGAGUCGAAUGGGCUACAUAGCUCCAAACCUUUCAGCUGUUGUUGGUACUGCAGUUGCAGCUAAACUUAUGGGAACUGCUGGUGGUCUUUCUGCUUUGGCUAAGAUGCCUGCCUGCAAUGUCCAGCUCCUUGGUGCCAAAAGGAAGACCUUAGCAGGGUUUUCAGCAUCUUCCUCUUUUCGGGUGGGAUAUCUUGAGCAAACUGAAAUAUUUCAGAGUACACCACCAGACUUGAGGAUGCGCGCCUGUCGGCUCUUAGCUGGAAAAUCUACUCUAGCUGCACGUGUAGACUGUACAAAAGGUGAUCCAAUGGGUAAAGCUGGAAGAUCUUUUCGGGAUGAGAUCCUGAAAAAGAUUGAGAAAUGGCAAGAACCCCCACCUGCCAAGCAGCCUAAACCUCUACCUGUUCCUGAUUCUGAACCUAAGAAGAAGAGAGGUGGCCGGAGGCUGCGAAAGAUGAAAGAGAGAUAUGCUGUGACGGACAUGAGGAAGCUUGCAAAUAGGAUGGCUUUUGGAGUUCCUGAAGAGAGCUCUUUAGGUGAUGGGCUUGGUGAAGGGUAUGGAAUGCUCGGUCAAGCAGGAAGUGGCAAAUUGCGUGUUGCUGUUGGUACCAGCAAGCUCGGUUCCAAAGUGGCUAAGAGGUUCAAAGAGAAGCAAUAUGGAACUGGUGGAGCUACCUCUGGACUUACUUCAAGUUUGGCCUUUACCCCUGUGCAGGGUAUUGAGCUUAGCAAUCCUCAAGCACUUGCAAGUCAGCUUGGAAGUGGUACUCAGAGCACCUAUUUCUCGGAAACUGGUUCGUUCUCAAACAAAAGAAAAAUAUGAGCAUUUACACAGAGUUGCUUUCCCCAUUCAUGGGGGACCAUGAGUUGUUUAAGUGUUCCGGUGUGAGAGAACAGUUGGAUGUGGUUACAUGUGUAUGAGUUGAUCACAACUGUUCUGGGUGAGUUGAUAACAUGGUUGCAUCUUAAUCGGGUCUUGGGCGGCCAUUGGAGGAAGUGUAAUCUUAUUAGAUACUAGUAGUCGUUGAAGUCGCUAUCUGAUUGUGACGUGUUUGGUAUUUUUUUUAUUCACACCAAGUAUAAAUCGGGCAGUAUUUUAUUGAAGUACGGUUUGUUAAAAGUCAUGUUAAUGCAUCUGUUGUUACACGUAACUUUAGAUUUUUAGAUUAUGCUGUCCCGGUUUCUCGACAAUGACAAAGUUUUGCUCCAAAAAUAAAUGUACUACAAUGACAAAGGAUAAGAUUUUAAAAUGAAUAAACAACACAAAAAUGCCUACAGUUGAAGAUCC